UAUGAUUAUUGGCUUGUAACAGGUGUAGAAAGUCCUAGAAAUCUAGUUUUCUGAUUUACGUUUCUUUAUGUUCCUCUUAUUGAUCACUGAUCCAAUGGAACUCAGAAAAGGGUUACUGCUGUUAUUUUUGUUGCUGGAGUAUGUUUGUUGCAAUGUUGAAGCAAAGUGUUUGAAGGGAUGUGAUUUAGCUUUAGCUUCCUAUUAUGUGAGUAGCGGAUUGACCUUGGAUGAUAUAACACACCUGAUGAAAUCAAGUGUUGUGUCCAAUUCUGACGAUAUAAUAAGCUACAAUAAAGACAAAACAUUCAAUAAAAAUAUCUUCUUGUUUGACAGAAUCAACGUUCCAUUUCCCUGUGAUUGUAUCCAUGAUGAGUUUCUGGGGCAUGUGUUUGAGUACUCAGCUGCUGAAGGUGACACCUAUGAUUCGAUUGCCAAAGUGGAAUAUGCCGAUCUCACCACUGUUGAGCUUUUGAGGAGAUUCAACAGUUAUGGCCAAAAUGGUAUACCAAAAAAUGCCAAGGUUAAUGUCACGGUCAAUUGUUCUUGUGGGAACAGCCAGGUUUCACAAGAAUAUGGGUUGUUUAUUACCUAUCCACUCAGGCCUGACAAUAAUUUGCAUGAUAUUGCCAACGAGGCUCAUCUUGAUGCACAGUUGCUGCAGAAUUACAAUCCUGGAGUCAAUUUCAGCAAAGAGAGUGGGAUUGUUUUCAUUCCAGGAAGAGAUCAAUUUGGAGACUAUGUUCCCUUGCACCCUAGAAAAACAGGUCUAGCUACGGGUGCUGUUGCUGGAAUAUCCAUAGCAGGAAUAUGCGGUCUUCUAUUAUUUAUAAUCUGCACAUAUGUUAAAUUCUUCAAGAAGAUGGAAGGAGAGAAACCUAAAUUGCCAACAGAAAAAUCUACGGCGUUUUCAAUUCAAGAUGCCUCUGGAAGUGCAGAUUAUGAAACUUCAGGAUCCAGUGGGACUGCUACUGCUACUGGCCUUACAGGCAUUAUGGUGGCAAAAUCAAUGGAGUUCACAUAUCAAGAACUGGCAAAGGCUACAAAUAACUUCAGCUUGGAGAAUAAAAUUGGUCAAGGUGGAUUUGGAGCUGUGUAUUAUGCAGAAUUGAGAGGCGAGAAAACUGCAAUUAAAAAGAUGGACGUGCAAGCAUCCACUGAAUUUCUUUGUGAGUUGAAGGUCUUAACUCACGUUCAUCACUUGAAUCUGGUACAACAUCCUUCAAACAACUCCAAAGCAUGUGUGCGUUUGAUUGGAUAUUGCGUUGAAGGAUCCCUUUUCCUUGUGUAUGAACAUAUUGACAACGGAAACUUAGGCCAAUAUUUGCAUGGUACAGGGAAAGAUCCUUUGACAUGGUCUAGCCGAGUGCAAAUUGCUCUAGAUUCAGCAAGAGGCCUUGAAUAUAUUCACGAGCACACUGUACCAGUGUAUAUCCAUCGUGAUGUAAAAUCUGCAAAUAUAUUAAUAGACAAAAACUUCCGUGGAAAGGUAGCAGAUUUUGGCUUGACUAAACUUAUUGAAGUUGGAAGCUCCACACUUCACACUCGUCUUGUGGGAACAUUUGGAUACAUGCCACCAGAAUAUGCUCAAUAUGGUGACGUCUCUCCAAAAGUAGAUGUGUACGCUUUUGGAGUGGUUCUUUAUGAACUGAUUUCUGCAAAGAAUGCUGUUCUGAAAACAGGUGAAUAUGUUGCUGAAUCCAAGGGUCUUGUAGCUUUGUUUGAAGAAGCACUCAAUCAGAGUAAUCCUUCCGAAGCUAUUCGCAAACUGGUGGAUCCCAGGCUUGGAGAAAACUAUCCAAUUGAUUCAGUUCUCAAGAUUGCGCAACUUGGGAGAGCUUGUACAAGGGAUAAUCCACUACUACGCCCAAGUAUGAGAUCUAUAGUUGUUGCUCUUAUGACACUUUCAUCUCCUACCGAGGAUUUCGACGAUGAAACUGCUUCCUACGAAAAUCAAACUCUCAUAAAUCUACUGUCUGUAAGAUGAAGGUUCUUUAAACCUAUUGCACCGUGUUUUCAAUGACCUUUGAAAGCAGGUGUGUAAGGUUUGACAAGUUUGUACAUGAAUGGA